AUGGCUCUUAGUCUAACUGUUGACGAUGUCUUUUCCAUUUCAAAGGAAAAGGAUGUGUGGAGAGUUAUUGUGAAGGUGGUGCGGAAAUGGAUAACUUCAAGUUUCGAUCGUUCAAAACUUCCUAAUUCGAUGGAGUUGGUUUUAAUAGAUGCAAAGAUCAGACACUAUAUGAUAGGGAUCCUUACCGGCCAUAGCGGCGAGCAGGAAUUUGAAAAAAAUCAUCAAGUGGGAAAGAGGAUUACCAUAGAGAUUGAACAAGAAGGAGUGAAAGUUGAAUUUGCAUUUUUUGGAAGCUACGUCCAAGAGCUACUCUCUGCUUUAUCUUCACGCGAUCUGAGCGGUGUUGUGGUUUUAAUCCAGUUUGCAAAAAUCGAGCCUUUUAAAGGGCAACAAAGCCUGCAAAAUUCAUAUGUUGCAACACGGAUCCUCUUUAAUCCUGAGAUUCCUGAAGCUACUGCUGUGAGGGACAAGUUUUUCGAGAUGAAUGAACCUGGAUAUCAAAUGAUUACUCAGUUGUCCGACUCUUCAAAACCUUCACUCGAUGAAGAGUUCUUAAAACUCUCAGAUAUGAAAACUUUCGAGCAAAUUAGAGCCAUGGAUGAGAAGUCAUGCUGUGUUGUGUUAGGGACAAUCAUACAGAUACCUGAGGGGAAUAAUUGGUGGUACAAAGCUUGCAAGUGCAACAAAAAAGUUAUUUGGGAUGAGAAAAUGUUCCGUUUGCAAGUCAAAGUAAAGCAGGGUAAUGACAUUGCUACAUUGGUCAUAUUUGACAAAGAAGCGAGUGUUCUUCUUGAAACUACUUGUGCUGACUUGGUUGAUUCGUCAACAAAGAAUCCUGCUGGCUCUGGCUCUACAACUCCUGUUGAAUUACUUAAGUUGUUGGAAAAGACCUUUCUCUUUAGGAUUGAAGUUAACAACACUUCAAGCUACAGGUGUGAGUCAUCAUAUCGUGUCAACAAAACUUGUGGAGAUCCCGGCUCCAGGUUUGAGCCAUCAUAUCGUGUCAAGAAAAUAUGUGCAAAUCCCGACUUAAUUGCUCAUUUCAAGGAAGUUCUCCCUCCUCCUAAUGACGACACUCCUCCAUUACUAUUGCUAGAAGCACCUACAUCUGAUGAGAGUGUUGAAAACGCGAGUCCCAGUUUGGCCAAGGAUCUUAAUGAAGGGUUUGUUGCUGCUGCGAGUGGCGAUGUUGUUGAUCCUAACAUAGAAAAAGAAGAAGUUCCCCAAUGCAAGCAGAACACUCACUCGGAGAAUGAAGGAGUUGGUUCAACUAAUAACAAGAAGAAGUUGAUCAAGAAGAUUAAGAAGGAGAAAAAUUGA